AUGUCGUCAUCUGACAAAGGAGGCCCACUUUCUCGAUGGACAUCCAACUCGUCAACGGCCUGCGCCAGCACGAGUCAACACAGCCAGACUGCUGCCCGACGACAAACAUGGGCGUCGGCGACCUGGGCCACCGGUCAGAAUAUCCUCACGGGCAUGCUCUACCACCGAAAGGAUUCCAACGCGAGUGCCCAGCAGCAUGGCAAGUACCACGGGCUCCACCAGUAUGAGCACUUCACCACGGCGAGCACACUGCCGUUGCCGCCACCUCCGGCUCUCUCAGACGACUUGAGUGCACCAAGUUCCAAUCCACGGCAACAAAUGCCAUCACUAGACCUGCCUCCCCUCCCGCGGUUGCUGGGCCACGAGAACCUGGACGAAUGGGACGAUAUUCUGGUCAGGACCCUACGACUCCACGGUCUCGCGGACUACGUCACGACGCCCUACCCGGGAGUUCCGGAGCCGCCGAGCUGGACGCCGUGGGCACCCACCAAGUAUCUCGGCUCCGCCGGAAAUUCCACCGGUCUGACCCACGAGCAGUGGGAGCGCGACCGCGCCCUCGUGUGCCUGCUGAUCACCGGCUCCUUCAGCCUCGACGUCCGCGACACGCUCCUCGCAUGCGGCUACGACCCCUCCGAGACCAACCCGAAGCUCAUCUACGACCUCGUCCAGGAGGCCCUCCCCAAGGCCGCCGGCGAGGACGUGUCCUCGUGGCUGCGCGAGCUCAACAACAUCUCGCCCGCCGAGCCGCGCUUCGGCGGCAGCCUGCGGGAGUACUGCCUGCGGCUGGCCUACCUCCGCAGGAGGCUGUAUGUCGCCGAGCCCCAGCCCAACGACAACCUGGUGCUGGUCAUGGCCAUACUGGGGCUGGGGCGCGACGCCAAGUACGAGGACCUGAGCAUGGCCCUCGGCCAGCAGCUCGAGAGGGGCGGCAUGAGCUGGGCGCGGUUCAUGGGCGACCUUGCGGGCGCCCAUGGCCGGCAGGUGGCCGAGCGUCGGAAGAACAGGAGGAGGAUACAGGAAGAACCUGCCUGA